AUGGCCGCAACGUUGGUAGAGGAGAAGGAAUCGACGCGGCUACUAAGAGCCGCAGAAAGCGCGCUCGGAUUAAGCUCAAGUGUAGAGUCUACAGACGACGACGAUGAUUUCGAUGAUGAAACGGAUAUGGAGGACGCGCAGGGCGAUGAAAGCGAAUCGCAAACGAAAUCUCGCCAGCGGUUACCAUCCCUGGCGGAAAGAUUAGGAGACGAUCGUGACGUCAGCAGGUGGUUGGCGGAAGUGGAGGAGGCGGAUACCUUGGCGGAGCUGCUUCUGGGCAAGCUGGCAGCGUUGCGCGGGGAGGCGGGUGGAGCGGCGGCGCUCGCCGCGGCGGAAGCAGCAGCGGCGGAAGCUGCUUCCACCGCUGCGGCAAAGGCGGAGGCGGAAGCGGCGGCGGCGGCAGCGGCGGCAGCAGCAGCAGCAGCCGCCGCGGAAGAGAAGAAGAAGGCGGGCGGGGGAUGGUUCAGCGGGUUGGGGAGUCUGUUGGGGGGUGAGAAGGAGAAGAAGGCGGAAACGGCGAGGGGAAAUGCGGAGGGAGCGCAAGGUCAGGGGAGAUCGGCGGAGGCGCAAGGGAAAGGGGGAGCGACAGGUGCUAGCAGAGCGCAGGGUUCGGGGCAACGGCCGAGGGGGGGAGGCGCUGGCGCAGGGGAAGGGAGUGCGGGGAAGGUGGAAAGAUUUUCGCGGCGUGACGUGGCAUGGUUGAUGGAGGGGAGCCUGGCGGCGGGCAACGUGGCACUCAGCUAUUCGCUGCUGAAUGCGUGCAAGACGUCCGCUUUGGCGCUCAAUGCGGGCGCGCCCGGGGCAGCGCUGCUGUCUACAUCGUCAUCUCCCCCUCCUGCUGUGGUGGGGAUUGGCUGCGCUGCUGGCAUUGGCGGAUGCUGCUGCAUCGUCAUCUCCCCCUCCUCGUCCCCCCCACUCGCAUCUUCCCCUGUGCCCCCGUCUCCCAUCAUCCCCCCGCUGCCGUCAGCGCGUGCGCGCGUGAGGGGGCUUGCGGCGCUGCUGAGAGUGGCGGAUGCUGCUGCUUCCCCAUCCCCCUCUCUCCCCUCCCCAUUCCCUGCAGCGCGUGCGCGCGUGUGGCCAGCGGUGGGUGUGCGGCUGUACGCGGCGAUGGUGAGGGGGCUGGCGGCGCUGCUGCGAGUGGCGGACGCCGUGGCGCUGGUGGGGGAGGUGCAGCGGCGGGGCGUGCCCGAGGGGGACCGAGAGCCCAACAGUCACGCCCAUCAAGUGGUUCGUGCCUCUGCGUCCGUCCCUUGCGUGCAGGUGUCCUUUGGAGUGACGGUGGACUGCCCCACGUGUCGCAAGGCCUUUUCUGUGGUGCAGCCGCAGCAAGGCCGGCAGGUGGUGGGGUGUGCAGGAUGCAAGUACGAGUACGAGCUGGUGUCAGGGGACCUCAUCUCCUGCGACUCAGAGUCUCUUAUUGACUCUGCGCCCACACUGGACAAGGCCCUUAGCCUCGUGCGCAUCAAGUGGGGCCACCCACCAGCACCAAUGCACAGUGGAGUGUGCUUCUCAAGGCCCCUCUCUUCUUCCCCUGCCCCCAUCCCUCCACCCCAUAACCACGACUCUGCCCCCAUCUUGGACAAGGUCCUUCGCUUGGUGCGCAUCAAGAGGAGAGACCCACCAGUAGCAGUGCACAGUGUGGUGCUCAAAGCACCAGACGGCACAUCGCAGAUCAACACCUUUGCCACCGUCACCCCCUCCGUGCCCGCCCAGUCGGGGGAGCGAAUCACCAUCGCCUGCGCCGCCCCCUCCUUCUCCUCCUCCCUCGCCUCCUCCCUCUCCUCCUCCCUCCCCUCGUCUUCCUCCUCGUCCUCUUCUCGAAAAGCUUCCGCCUCUAAGCGGAAAAUAGCGGGGAUAUUUCCGGCGCCGGCGAAUAGAACCCCGGGGUGGAAUCCGAGUGAACCCAUGGCGCUGACCAAUCAUGUGACGAGGCAGACGCUGGCGUUGCUGCGCGCGCCGCCCAAGGCCACUAGAGACAGCGGCAGCCUGUCGCUGCCGCCCUGGGUGCUGCCUCUGGGCGGCGCACUGGUGGCAGCGAACGUGGUGGGGGCGGCAGCAGUGAGCAUGGGAAUAAUGGAGCCAAACGCGAUCACAGAUGGGACGAUGGGGAUUGUGGUGGGGUGGGUGGCUGCUGGUGGUGCAGCAACAGGGGGAGCUUACAACUUUCUGCUCCUGCCGAAGCUAAGAGAGCUGCCAGGCAGCGUGGUGGAUGGCAUGGCAGUGCGGCAGCAGCUGUUGGAGCAGCAUGCGGCGUUGAGGCAGAGGCUAGAGGCGCUCUCUGCUGCUGCAGCUGAGGAGUGGGAGAGAGUGGUAGCUGCACGCAAGGGGCUGGACCAGCACUUCCCCCUCAUAGCUCCCUCAUGCCGCCCCACAUCCACUCCCCCAAUGCUCCUCGACUCUCCCCCCAUGCAUGCAUGGCAGUGUGCGGUGGGAGAGAGUGGUAGCUGCACGCAAGGGGCUGGACCAGCACUUUCCUCCAUCAUUUCCCCCUUCUACCGCUCUCAUGCUGCCCACUCCCACCCUUUCCCAUGCUCCUCCUGCCCUUCAUCCACAAUGGUGAUAGCUGCCUGCCAUUGUAUUCAUUGCCUGCCACCCACCAUGCCCUUCCUGCCGCAUCAGGUGCUGCCAUAUGCAGAGAUGAAGGUGCUGUCAAUGAUAGAGAUAGAGGUGGAGAUGGAUGCAGACGUGCCCACAGCAGAGGCAGCAGGUGCUGCGGCGAGCAUAGCGGACCAGAUCGAGCGGCUGAUGGAGGUGGAGAGCUUGCAGAAGGAGUGGAAACAGCAGGCGGAGGUGAACGAUGAGUUGGAGCGGCUGCUGAGAAGCGCGCCUGCUCUGCCCGACUCCGCCUCCUGGCAGAGCUGA